UCAUGCGCCACCACUACCAAAUUUAGAGGUUAGGGCUGCUCCAUAAGCAUUAGCAAUUCCUCGUAUAACCUUUGUAGACGAUACCCAAAUGUUCUAAUGCUAAAUCAUUAGGCAGUCGAUUCCACACCUUCUAAUGAUACGUGUGGUGGAAGAGUUUAAGUUAGGUGGUUCCAGAUCAGCUGAUCUUCACUGGUGACGAGUGGCAAAAUCAUGUUCGACAACGCGGUGGAGCCCCACAAUGACGAGGAAGUGGAAAUGGACGAGGGAAAUGGGGAGAAUGACACUGAAGAAGAAUUUCAGUCGUUGAAUGCACAGCUGGACCAGCUCAACUCUGCGCUGGAUACGAUGGAAAUGAAAGCUGAUAAUAUUCACGCUGAACUAGUGGAAUUAUUGAAAUCCAACCAGGAAACGAGAAAGCAGUUUCAGGAUAGUGUGAAGAGAGAGAAAAUAUCCCCAGACUCCCAGCAAUAAUUACAAACGAACGUAAAAAUAUUUUCCAUUCCCUCAAUUAUUAAUUUAGCUCUAUUGAACUAUUUCAGAGAUGUAAUUGAACCAGAGUAGGAAUUGUAUUAAAAAAAAUUGUGUUUAUGAUUUUAUGGAGUAGUUUCUCAUAUACAGGACUAGAGUUAAAAUUUAAAAAUAUUUAAAACGAUAAUUAUGGUAUACGAGGAAAUAUUUUAUUGUUAAGGCUUGAUGCAAGUACAAUAAAAAUAGGAUCUGAAAGUACAAAAAAA